CAAGAUGGGUUUGCAGUGCCUGAGUCUGGACCUUAAAUGUUACACUGACUCUGAGAGCCUGCCUUCAGUGGGCAGGAGCUGGUGAGCAAGAAUAGAUCAGCUCUAGACCGAGUGGACGUCUGUGUCUCUGCACAUCUGAAGUUCUGGAGCUCCCAAAGGCUUCCCAUUGGGCACAGAAUGAAGUACCAGCCCCUCACUGUGGCAUUCAAGGUCCCACAUGAUCUGGGCCUGUCUUCCUCUCUGCCCUCAUGCUGUUCCUUGUCACCAAGCGCCUCGAACGAACUAUGCUGUUUCCAUCUCAAGCCUCUGCACUUACCGUUUUCUUCUCAUGGGACUGGCAGCCAAGAAUGGAGGAGGCUUGUCUGUUUCUCUCCCCAUCGUGUGCUCAGCACCGAGAGCACAGCUUGCACACAGCAGGCAGCCAGGACAUAUUUUGUAAAGAAAUGAACGAGGAGCUGACUUCUCAUGCUGCCAAGAGGCCUGGGGUGUGCCCAGUCUCAGCAGGUGUGGAAACCGCUUUGUGUUUCUUUAGAAUCCCGAGGCCGCAGUCGGGGAUGGUGCCACCAAGAGAGUAUCACAGGUCAUUUUCCAGGCCAGAAGGUGGGCUCCGAGAGGACUGUAUUGGGAUGCUUCGGCUGCAUAAAGAUAGCAGGGCUUCCUCGGUGGUGGCUGAAUGCCUGCAACAGCUCCAGCCCCUGGCCGUUCAUCACCGUCCGAAAGGAGGGCGUUUCCCUUCUCGCCAGCAUCCAACAAAAACUUGUGGGCUUCACUCUGGAUCACAGUGUGAAGUCAUAUGCCAGGCUUUGAUCCUGUUGUCGCGUGUGACAGAGCAGGAGCUGCAGGUGCAGUCCUGCUACAGUGACAUGUAG